CCAGCACCUAACCACCAGCAACUGGGGCACAGAAAAGAGUUUCCUGGGCAGGAGCCAUGGCAUGGCCCCCUCCCUACUGGCUAUAUAUGUUGGGGACUCUGGUAGGGCUCUCAGCUACCCCAGCUCCCAAGAGCUGUCCAGCCAGACAUUACUGGGCUCCGGGAAAAGGCUGCUGCCAGAUGUGUGAACCAGGAACAUUCUUUGUGAAGGACUGUAGCCAGCACAGAAAGGCUCAGUGUGAGUCGUGUAUACCAGGGGUCUCCUUCUCGCCAGACUAUCACACCCGACCCCACUGCGAGAGCUGUCGACACUGUAACUCUGGUCUUCUCAUCCGCAACUGCACCGUCACUGCCAAUGCUGAGUGUGCAUGCCGCGAGGGCUGGCAGUGCAGGGACAAGGAAUGCACCGAGUGUGACCCCCUUCCAAACCCCUCGCCGACCAGACAGCCGUCUGAGGCCCCAAGUUCACACCCACCACCCACCCUCUUACCGUCUGCCAAAGAGCCGCACAGGACAGUCUGGCUUGUGCAGACUGCGGCUGACUUCAGGCAGUUUCCUGCUCCAACUCUCUCUACCUACUGGUCAUCCCGAAGACUCCUGUACAGCUCAGAUUAUAUCCGCAUCUUUGUGACCUUCUCCGGAAUGCUCCUUGUUUUCACUCUGGGUGGAAUUUUAUUCCUCUAUCAAAGAAGAAAACAUGGACCAAACAAAGAAGAAAGCCAGGCAGAGCCUGCAGAGCUUUGUCCUUACAGCUGCCCCAGGGAGGAGGAGGGCAGUGCCAUCCCUGUCCAGGAAGACUACCGAAAACCAGAGCCUACUUCCUACCUUUGAGCUGGCUGCUGGGCGGGGCCCUUUCCAUUGGGGUGCCAUCCAGAGAUCUGGCUGGUGGCCUACUGCACUACCAUCAUCAUCAGAACCCUUUCCUCUGUACACUGAGACAGAGUGAUGAGGACAGGAUUCCCGAAGUGUGCACUGACCCAGCAAGCUUGGGAGGGCCCAGGUUCCAGCUGUAAAACACACUUACUGUCAGGGGAGCCCUACAGCAGGGAAGAUUCCACUCUGAAGGUGAAGAUGGCCCAUCUGUAGAAGCCCUAGUGCCAGAAGGACUGAGCUCCCAGGAGAAAGGCUGUCUACGUACACACACCCUUCCUGGCUUUUGUUUCUUCUUUUCUAUAAGUUGUGAUACAACUUCGAGCAGAGAAAGACUGGGACUCUCUCAGUUUAAGCCAAAACUGUAA